CUCUCCCAACCUCUGAGGAGGAGAGCAGGAGGAGAGGAGGAGAGGAGGAGGAGAGCCGGGGGAGGCCGCCGCAGCAGCACAGCCCCAGCUCCGCCGCCACCAUGGCCGCCAAGUUCGCUUCCCUCCUGUGACACUCCCGCAGACUUCUCUAUGGUAGCUCCUCCCUCACGUCUAUGUUAAAAUGACGACAGCAGCGAGGCCAACGUUUGAACCUGCAAGAGGAGGAAGAGGAAAAGGUGAAGGAGACUUAAGUCAGCUCUCCAAACAGUAUUCCAGCAGAGACCUUCCUUCUCACACUAAAAUCAAAUACAGGCAGACCACUCAGGAUGCUCCCGAGGAGCUGCGUAACCGUGAUUUCAGGAGGGAGCUGGAGGAGAGAGAACGGGUUGCUGCCAGAGAAAAGAACAGAGACAGACCAACCAGAGAACACACAACAUCAUCUUCUGUGUCUAAGAAGCCUCGGCUAGACCAGAUUCCUGCAGCAAAUCUUGAUGCAGAUGAUCCACUUACUGAUGAAGAUGAUGAAGAUGAGGACUUGGAAGACAGUGAUGAUGAUGACACUGCAGCUCUUCUGGCUGAACUGGAAAAAAUCAAGAAGGAGCGAGCUGAGGAACAGGCUCGAAAGGAACAAGAGCAAAAAGCUGAAGAAGAAAGAAUUCGGAUGGAGAACAUUCUGAGUGGGAACCCCCUGCUGAACCUCACUGGCCCAGCACAGCCUCAGGCAAACUUCAAAGUGAAGAGGAGGUGGGAUGAUGAUGUUGUCUUUAAGAAUUGUGCCAAAGGAAUAGAUGAAACAAAAAAGGACAAAAGAUUCGUGAAUGAUACUCUGAGAUCAGAAUUUCACAAAAAAUUCAUGGAAAAAUAUAUCAAGUAAUACAGUUCUGUGUGCAGUGGUGCUGAAGGACUUGGAAGGUCAUGGUUGUUCCCUCCCUCUCCCUCCGAAUUCAAAGAUGAAUACUUGGUCAUGAAUUCCCAAAUGCUUUUCCAAGAUCAUCAACAGCUUCAUAAUUAGUAAUUGCUGUGUACCUGGAGGUUUUAUUCCUGAAGUGUGUUUUUAAGUUUUCAUUAAACCAGUUUGUGUAUCAUGAAUGUUUUUCUUUUCACGUGCAUUUACUUUCACUGGCCACCUUGUAAAUGGUAGAAGUUUGGUUUGCAGUAGAUACUUCUAAUUGUUCAAAUUGCUUUCCAAAAGAACCUGUAUUUGUAGUGAUGGUGGUUUGUACCUUAGGCAAUUUAAAUGUCAGUAUUAGCAAAGAUGCAGAACAGCUGAGUAUGAUAAGCAGUGUGAACAGGAGAGACCUAUACUUUCUGUAGUAAACUGGAUUUCCUCUUAACAGCUUGUUAGAAACUUGGUUAAUAAUCUUCUUUUUCAGUUUCUUCUCAGUGUGAUCCAAGGAAAGCCUUUGGAGGGGUAGCUCCAGGUUCUUAGCAGCCCUGCUUUCUGGGCUCUCUUGGCUCAGCACUGCUGAGAAGGUGAACUUUGAGAGGGAAAAGCUCUGUGGAACCAUGUUGUUUGUGGGUUUUUUCCUCAAUAAACCAUUGCAGUGCUCAA